AGGUAAAGCUGGGUGUGGUGGUGCAGGAGGAGCCCUAUGAGUUGAAGCCAGCCUGGGCUACAUAGUGAAUUCAAGACCAGCAUAAACUGCAUAAUGAGACCCCAUCUCAAAAACAAAACAAAACAUUUGCUUCCUUAAAAAAUUCAUCUUUGUUCCUCUUUUGCUUACAACUACUGUGGCUUUAUUUACUCUUGAGGCCUCAUUCUUUUUGUGGACUAUUGUUUUUGACAUUUUGCAGCACACGUUAUUUUCCUUGCUGACUUGUAAAGUGGUUAGAUUCAGCCAUAAGGAAGAUUUCAAUGCAGUAGGAGUCCUGAACAGGCUAUUUGCCUGCCAGUUUUUUUCAGAGAUAAGGAGAGGGAAAUAUUUCUUUUCAAUAAAAUUUUGGGUGAUUUACUUUCCAGCUUGUCUUCAUUAUACUCUCAGAGCCCUAAAGUGGAUUGGUGUUGUUUUCCUGGAAGACCAUGGGGAGAAAGGUGUGUAAUAUAGCACAUCCUAAGUUUUCACUUGUUUUUUUUAGUUUUUGUUUUUUGGUGGCCAGUCUUUCUAUGUAGCACAGACUGGCCUACAACUCUUGGUAAUCUUUCUGCCUCAGCCUCCUGACUACUGGGAUUACAGACGUGUGCCACCAGGCCCCUUGUCCUGCCUUCUUAAUUAAUUUUUUGAGGCAGAGUCUUACUAGGUAGCCCAGGCUGGCCUUGAGCUCGUGUUGAUCCUUCUGCCUCAGUCUCUGUAGUGCUGGGAUCAUAGGUGUGUGCCAGCUCACUUGGCUCCUUCUGCCUUGUUUUUUAUCUAUUUAGCUUCUCCUUCCUUUAGUGUAAAGGACUGGUUUGAUUGCCUUGAAUAAACUUACACUGUAUAACCUCUGAAUUGCCUUUUAUUUUAUUUUUUUUAUUUUUUGAGGGUAUCGGGAGUUGAACCCUGGGCCUUUGUAUUGAGCUACAUCCCUGGUCCUUCAUUCAUUCAUUCAUCCAUUUAUUUAUUUAUUUUUGAGACAGGAUCUUGCUGAGUCAUUUAGUUGCCCAGGGUAGCCUCAAACUUGGGAUUCACUUGUCUUUUCCUCCCAGAGUCCUGGGAUUGCAGGCAUGCACCACCACACGAGGCAUAAAGUGCUGUAAGAUUUUAUUCUAAUCCUAACCCACUCUUGUUUGAAGCAAAUGUGUCUUAAUAGGUAACAUUUAGGUUCCUUGCUCAAACUUCCAAGGCAGUUUUGUGAAGGAGGCUUAUACAGGAGUAGGCUUCAUUUGCAAGUUAAUUAUUAGUAAUGAACAGCUCCUUUUAUACAGUAUCCUAUCAAUUCAAAGUACUUUUAUACAUACGAACAAUUUGGUGUGUUAGGGGUUUGGGGAUUACCCCUGUUGGAGUUUGAAUCUCAGGUCUGACACUCUAGUCAUAUGAUCUCUUAAAAUGAGAGCACUAAGCUAGCCCUCUCCUUUCUAAUUUGGGGACAGGAGUUGCUAUGUUGCCCAGGCCUUAACUUCCAGAGUGGCUGGCACAGCGGGGACCAUCAUACUCCACUUAUUGCCUACAUUUUAAAAGUGUUACUGUAAAGAUGAAUGACUCUAAAAACUUUUGGAACCAGGAAUCGAACUCAUGACCUCGUACUUGCCAGGCAGGCACUUAUGCCACUGAGGUAAAUCCCUGGCAACAAGAUGAAUAAAUGCAUAAAACACAACAUAGCACAAAAAACCAUCAACUAUCAAGUGCAAGGAUGAUUUAUUUGUGUUGGCCGAAUGCUUAAAAUUAAGAAAAGUAUGUGUACCUGAUGUAAAAAAGUAUUUACUUCUUCCAUUGGUUUUUCUUGGUGUGUUUGGAAUGAGUGUCAAAAUACUUAAAAGUUGAUUACCUUUUUAUCUCUAGGGAUCUGAUGGUUUUGGAAUUAAAUUUCCUAACACAGUGCUGCUGGGCCAUAUUGGCUUGCUACUUUGCUCUUAUCUAGGGGCAAGGGUGCCCCUUCCCCACGAGCUCAAAGGAGUUUCUAGGGUGGGCAUGUGAUAAGUAGUUUGAGCACCUCCCACAGGGAGCAAGCCUUAUUUUUAUCCAAGUUCUCACACGCGUGAAAAUUAAGGAAAGAUCCGGCCUGAUUUUUCUUGUCACUCAAAAAAAAGGCAACUUAGCGAGACAGUUAGCCCCAGAAUUCGGCUUGGGUCCCUGAGCUCUGGAAAUGGCGCUGAGUGAAGACUUCCUGCGCGGAAGUGAUCGCCCUUACACCGGAAGCAGUGCAACCAACUGGGUGUGGAAAUUCUAGUUCGUACAUGUUCAUAGGGUAAAAUUCAAAUUCAUAUGUGACCUCAGUAUGGAUAGGUGGGUACAGAGGGAGGGCGGGACCAUGCAAAUUGGUAGCCCUGCCCGCUGGAAUAUGGGUUCUAUAAAAGGUUCACAGCCUGGAGUCCUCGUGGUUGCUCAGGAUCGCCCAUACCUCCAACCACAGUGGCACCUGAGCUGCAGUCUACACAUAGGAGCCAUAACAGCGGGUAAGUGACUGGGUAGGCUUAGGUGGACAUUAGUUCAUCAGGUUUAAGUAAAAUGUGGACCACAUAAAACCUCGGACUGUUACUGCCUCGUCAACCAUGGGACAGAUAACCUGUUCUCCCUUUCCCCUUCGAAUAUAGAUCUAUAGUAUUGGGAUGUUUUUGGUUAUUUAGGGUUUAUUUGGAGACAGAGUCUCUCUGUGUAGUGUAGGCUGGCUUUGAAAUCACUUACGUGUGUGAGGAUUACAGGCAUGUGCUACUAUGCCCGGCUGGUCUGGGAUUUUAAAAAAGCGAUGCUAUGGCGUACCUGAGGAAUGGUCGGGGUACAGAUUCUGGUAAGGCUGCAAGUGGAGCAUCCAGGGGACGAUUGGAGGGGCAGUUCAUCAGCACCUUAAGGCCGGGAUAGGGCAUGGGAAUUUGGGUGGGUGUUGGUGUGAAGACUUAGAGGAAAAAAAUCUGCUGGUUGAGGUGGACUUGAUAGAGUUCAAAGUGGAGACGGGAAGGAGUUUGACCCUCUCAUAAGUUGGGGCACGGAGAAGGUUUGCAGCUUUUGGUGAGACUCAAUUGGGGAGCGGGAGCUUAUGUUCAUGAGGUGAGCUGUGGGUGGGAGUGGUGGAGGAAGGGUAGAGGGUUCGAGGCCUCAUUGGUAGAAGCCUGAGUGAGAUAGGAGUAGUGGGGGAAGGGCUGCGGAUUCGAGGCCUGAUUGGUGGAAAUCCAGUUAAGGCGGGAAUGGUGUGGGAGGAGGCUAGACCUCAUUGUGGAAGAGCUUAUGAGCUCAUAUUUUGUGCAGUUUUUGUUUGACCCCGUAGCCACAAGAGUGCAGCGGAAGUAAACACUGGUGGAAGGAAGGGUGGAAGUAGGUGGUUGUUGGAUUGAAGGGGUACUGGGAGUACAGUGAUGGUCUGCUCUGUUAAGACUGGAUUAUAGUACUAAAUAAGGCGUAUUGGGAGGGGUUGGAGGAAUUGAUUCCUGAUACUAGGUGGAAAAUUUCUUUGGGCACGGUUGGUUGGGGGUGUGGGGAUUGGAAUCCCUUUGGGAGUGAAGGGACUGAGUAGAGGUAAGGAAAUGCUGAGGCCUUACCUGGAGGAAAAUGUAAGAGGUGACAUUUGAACUGACCUGACUUUAGGACCACUGUUUGCUUUGAACGUUUCUUUUUUUCUUUUUCUUUUUUUGGUACUGGGGAUUAAACUCACAACCUUGAGCUUACCAGACAGUAAGCACACCACUGAGCUAAAUCUUCGGCCCCUGAACUUUUCUGAUCUGUGAAGAACCCUGGUGGGACAGGUUGGGGGCAGUUAUAGGCUGUGUUUCUCUAGGGGUGUCUUUUUGGGAGUGUGUGUUGAGAAUGUCUGUGUGAACUCUUAAGUAAAAAAAAAAAAAAAAACAAAAAAACGUCUGGGCUUAAGGAAUUCUCUUGCCUCAGCCUCCUGAGAUUGGGGCUAUAGGCAAGUGCCAUCGCCAGGGAUUCUCUAGUUUUUUCAUCCAUGGAAAGCCUGCAAUAAAACAAAUUUGAAAUGCCUCUCCUGCCACUAAUGGUGGUGCUUUCCAAUAAUCCCAGUACACAGGUAAGCUGAGGAGGCUGAGGCAGGAAGAUUUCAAAUUCGUGUCCAUCCUGGGCAAUUUAGCGAUUUAACAAGACUCAGUCUCUAAAUUAAGAAACAAAUGAGGCUGGGGAUGCAGUUCAGUGUGAAUAUGCUGGUUCAAUUGCUAGUUCUGGUGGACAGGCCAAAGAAAAUAAAAGCCUCUCAUUUCAGAGUAAAGCUUCAGCUUUAACUUAGGGUGAAGAGCUGGGCAUGGUGGUUAUAUAUCUGUAAUUUUCGCAUAUAUUAGGUUCUAUUGGCAUACUUCUCUGUUCUAUGGUCUGUACUUGCUUCCAUAUUAUCCACUUCUAUGUCUGUUCAAAAGGGAAACAGCAGUGAGACAACACAGAAGACACAGAAAGCUAUUUUCAAAUAACUCCUAUACCAGGGCUCAGUGGUAUAUACCUGUAAUCCCAGCAACCCAGGAGGCUGAUGCAGGAAGAUCAAAAGUACAGGUUGGGCAAUUUAUUGGGUUGCUGUCCUCACAAUAAAAAGUAAAAAAGGGCUAGGUAACUGGGCAUGGUGGCACACACCUAUGAUCUCAGCACUGGGGAGGCUGAGGCAGGAGGAUCACUGAGUGUUUGAGGCCAGCCUGGGCUGUAAAGUGAAUUCAAGGCUGGCCUGAACUGCAUAGUGUGAAGCCCUGUCUCAAAAAGAUUAGGGUGAAGAGACUUCACAAAGACAAAUAAAGGAUGUAGAAAUGUUUCAUUGGGGCCAGGGAUUUAGCUUAGUGGUAUAAGCGCCUGCCUUGUAAGUGUGAGGUUGUGAAUUCGAUCUGUGUUACAAAAAAAAAAAAAAAAAAAACAAAAAACAAAAACAAAAAAAAACCCAAACAACCAACCAAAACAAAGAAAUGUUUCAUUGGUUCUGAGUUCUGGUUUUCUUAAGUAUAUCUUUGUCUUGACUACAGAAAUGGACAAGUCUGAAGAAAAGCCUGGCCAAUUUGAUCGGUCACUCUCUCAGGAUGACUGUUACAUUGUCAAUGUGAGUUCAAGCAACAAUGAAAACUCUGAAUCUACUGUGGUCAGAAAGGCAGUACAGAAGAGACAGGUCAGCCCUGUAGUGAUUGACUCUGAGUCUGAUGAUGAGUAUGCUCAUGAAGAAAAGAAAAUAAAGAUUUAUGAAAUAAAUAGUCAAGAUGAGGUUUUGGCAGUAAUUUCUGAUACUGAGGAGGAAGACAAAGAGGAGGAGGAAGAGUUGGAAGUGGAGGAGGUAGAAAUGGAAGAGCCUACCACCAACACCCAGAAGUCUCCAGUAGUAAUUGUUAUUGAUGAUGAUGAUGAUGAUGAUGAUGGCAACAAUAAGAAGUGGGAAAUUCCUGAGCUAAAAGAAGGGGAUUCCCAUAAUUACAGCCAAAUUUAUUCAUAUAAAAGGGAAGUGCAUGAGUCUGUUGCCUCCCAACAAAAUUCACCUGAUAAUGUUCCACUGGGUAAUGAUCCUGAGGCUAACCUAGAAAUUAUAGAUCAAGAGUUGCCAACUACUGACAAGCUCAUAUCUGUGACGGAACAACCGAGGAAAAGGAAAACCAGUAAAACAUGUGUGGCACCUGCUGAUAGUGGACGAAAAAACCAAGCAUCUUCAGAGAAGAAAGCCAGUGCAGCAAAAGCUGACAAGUGCAAGACUGGGAGAGCUGUGUGCCAAAUACCCGGAUGCUUCUUACUUGACAUUGAAAAGUUAAAACAAUAUUCUGGAAAGAAUUUCAAGAAAAAUAAGGAUGAACUGGUUCAAAGAAUCUACACACUGCUUAACAACACCAUCUUUGAUCAAAAGCUGCCAGAAGAAAUAGACAUCACUUGGAACAAAAAGAUGCUGAGGACUGCUGGCUCAUGUACCACUAGUGAGAGACAGUACCCAAAGAGAGAACGCUAUGUCAAGAUUGAGAUUUCUCUGAAAGUCUGUGAUUCUGCAGACCGGCUCCGAGACACCCUGAUCCAUGAAAUGUGCCAUGCUGCCUCCUGGCUGAUCGAUGGCAUCAGAGAUUCUCAUGGUGAUACAUGGAAGUAUUAUGCCACAAAGUCCAACAGGGUCCACCCGGAGCUGCCCUUGGUCACCUGUUGCCAUAACUAUGCAAUUAACUACAAGAUUCAUUAUGAAUGUAACUGGUGCAAAACCAGGGUUGGCCGCUAUACCAGAUCACUGAACACCAAACGCUUCUUCUGUUUUGUAUGUAAGGGGCCUCUGAUCUUGCUGCCAUUAACUCGGAAAGAUGGAACCCCCAUUAAGCCCUAUGUGAGACCAUUUGGCAAAUAUGUUCAGGAGAAUUACAGAAUGGUGUUACAGGAGACAGCAGGCCUCAGCCAUGGAGAUGUGAUGAAAAAGCUCAGCAAGAAUUAUGCUGCCAGUAAACAAAAUAAAAAUCCUUAAGGUUGCCCUAGAGUAUGUCUAUUAACUGAGCCCUUUUCUGACAAGAAGUUCUGGAAACAUUUCUGUGACAUUAUUACUAUUAGAGUUUAAAUAUGUAUUUUUAGAUUCAUUUUAUUAAUGAUGAUUGUUUUUAACCAAAGGUUUUAUUGUACCUUUGAGAAUAUUCUAAAGGCCUUGAAUUCACCUUUGGUCUUACUUUUACUGCGUAGUUUUAACAUAUAGAACGAAAAACAGAAGAAAAAUGAUUUUAUGUAUGGCAGGUUGAGAGAAUAAAAAUAAUGCUGAGAAGAGUAAGUUUUAAAGUCAGCACUUCAAAGCCAGGGCUAUUGCUGUGUGUUCUGCCUGCCUGCAUAUAAAAGCACACAUAUUUCAGAGAUUUAGUCACUGAUGACAAUGAGUGAAACAGCCAUGUACUUGUUCAGCAAACCAAAUAAAUAAAAUGUGAGUCUUUGUGUCUCAUGUAUUAAUAAAAUCUACUUAUUGUUUUUCUC